AUGGCGAAGGAGUUCCCCGUGCCGCCGGUGGUCUUCACGCCGUCCACCCCGACGCACCGCCGCCACCCUGGCCCGGGCGUGGGGGCCUCCCCUCCGCCCGCGUUCGCACCGCCCCGCCCCUCCACCUCAUCCGCCGCCAACCCGCUCCCCUUCAUGUCGUUCGAUGUCUCAGCUGCCGCGGCUUCCUCCUCCUCCGUGCCGCCCCUCUUCGCGGGGCCUAUCGGUGUCGGCGGUUCCGGCGCAUCCUUCGAGGACGAGCCGCCGCUCCUCGAGGAGCUCGGUAUCAACACGCGCCAGAUCUGGCGGAAGACGAUCUCCAUCCUCCACCCGCUCCGCUCCGCCGACCCCUCCCUCCACGCCGACGCCGACCUAUCGGGCCCGUUCCUCUUCCUCCUCUCCUUUGGACUCUUCCAGCUCCUCGCGGGGAAGUUCCACUUCGGGAUCGUGCUCGGCUGGGUCACCGUGGCGUCCCUCUUCCUCUACUUCGUCUUCUCCAUGCUCUCGGGCGGCCGCCGCGGGGACCUCGAUCUGUACAGAUGCGUUAGCCUCGUCGGCUACUGCAUGCUUCCCAUGGUCAUCUUCUCUGCUGUCUCCCUCUUCCUGCCUCGCGGCGGUGGGCUCAUAUUUGGAGUAGGGAUGGCGUUCGUGAUAUGGUCAACCAGGGUCUGCACCAGGCUGCUAGCAGAGCUUGCAUCCAGCGGAGACGAGCACAGGGGCCUCAUCGCUUAUGCGUGCUGGCUCGUCUACAUGCUCUUCUCGUUGCUCGUCAUCUUCUGA